AUGUCCUUGCUUUCAGCCGCCUCGCCCGAAACCGGCCGCAAAAAUCCUGAAAGAUCAACUUCCAACAGCGGGAAUGUCGAAAUCCACACAUUAUCUGUUGGGCGCGAAGUACCAGGACAAAAGCAUUCAAACACAUGUAUCAGUUCCCCCGACCCCCUUGCGACCUCGAAGCUUGGGAACCUUCAGUCUUCUGUCGGCCAGAAAAAUGACAACCCUUCUAAUAAGAAGCAGAAGUUGGAACAUCCAAGCAAUGCCGUGCCUCUGACGGGGAACUCCGAGAUGGAGAGACUCCUGGCAAAACUCUCGCCGAAGCCACAGGUAUCAGACACCAGGCCGACUGUGAACCAAGAUAUACUCUCAAAGCUGUCCGAGCAACAAUUCCUUCUUGAUCAACAAAAACAUCUCAUCGCAAAGAACAAGUUGGGUCCAGGAAGCUACGAGGAGCUUAACAAAUAUUCCAGCUUGUCACUGCUUCCGGAUGCCAAGCAGGCUGCUAACUCAAAGGAUGUUGCGAGUCUUGACGCUUUUGACCCCGACGCUUCCGAGCUGCUUCGCUUGAAACAAGAACUUCAGGCUGCUAAUUCGAGAAUCGCCCUACAGGAGCAGGAACUAGCACAAACUCGUGUUAUCAAACACACUCUGGACCAGGCGCUUGGACCUCCAUCAGAGGCUGACUUCAAUGGGCGCGACAUAAGCGAACAAACAAUCAGCAAUUUGCAAAGUGCUUUCAACGCCUCCAUACCGACAUCCCACCUACUCCAGGACGGUUGGAAUACGCAGGAGGAUUCACAGUCCGAUAUCUCAGAUGCUCUCUCAGCUGGCGCGUACAAUCGAGCUAGGGGUUUCUGGGGCCCUCAUGCUCAGCAAGCUUACGGCGUGGGACUUAACUCGGAUAAGGCUUAUGUUGAUAAUAAUUUAUCCCUGCCUGGCACUUCUUUUGGUCAAGACUCGAGCAGGUUCUGGGGACCUUCGCCUACGGCUCCCGCUAUCCCAGCAACCAAUUCUUUCCAACCCCAUCGUGUGCUUUCAGGCCCUUCUACGGCGCCUUGCAACUUUGACGGUCCAUUCUCGGAAGAUCAAGGUAGAUAUCUGCAAAGCUCAGGGUUUGGACCACGCCCUCCGACAGCUCAGCCGAGUCGCAUCGGGUCAUGCUUUCCUGGGGCAGGCUCUCCUUGGGGUACAUUUGCUCCUAGCUCAGCCGACAGCCAGGGCUCUCGAUCCCCGCCGAGUAAGCCGAACAGCACUUAUCAACAAGUAGGAUUAUAUCCUUUGCCCCCCUAUCAUCAGAGGGCUGUUGCACCUCCACUCUCCCCAACGGCGACCGAGUUCUCGACACCAAGUGGAAACUCAGUUCCCUGGGCAACCUCAUCUGUCGGUGGAAGCUCUAUUCAAACGUACAUAUCGCCACUCGAACCACUCAAUUAUCGGCGACUGCUGGACAAGAAUGUAUCUUGUGAUUGGAAAUAUAUUGUUGACAAGAUUGUUUGCAACAAUGACCAACAAGCCUCGAUAUUCUUGCAGCAAAAGCUCAAGGUCGGCACAACCGAGCAGAAAUUUGACAUCAUCGAAGCCAUCAUACAACAAGCGUACUCCCUCAUGGUGAAUCGAUUUGGAAACUUCCUUGUCCAGCGUUGUUUUGAACACGGGACUCCUGAGCAGAUCGUCGCAAUUGCGAAUGCCAUAAAAGGCAACACUUUGAGCCUCAGCAUGGACCCCUUUGGCUGCCAUGUCGUCCAGAAGGCCUUCGACUGUGUGCCCGAAGAGCAUAAAGCGAUCAUGGUACAGGAGCUUUUGCGCAGGAUCCCUGAAACCGUGAUCCACCGGUAUGCGUGCCAUGUAUGGCAGAAACUUUUCGAGUUACGCUGGAGUGGUGAGCCUCCGCAAAUUAUGGCGAAGGUCAACGAAGCUCUGCGUGGGAUGUGGCAUGAAGUUGCACUGGGUGAGACCGGGAGUUUAGUAGUUCAGAAUAUCUUCGAGAAUUGCGUGGAAGACGAGAAGCGUCCUGCCAUAGAAGAGGUUCUAGCAAAGAUCGAUGUGCUCGCUCACGGUCAGUUUGGGAACUGGUGCAUUCAGCAUAUCUGCGAACACGGCGCUCCCCAUGACAAAAGCCGCGCCAUUGAACAUAUUCUUCUCUGGGCGGUGGAUUACAGCAUGGAUCAAUUUGCAUCUAAGAUCGUGGAGAAGUGUCUGAAGAUUGGCGGCUCCGAAUUCCUGGACCGCUACCUGUCUCGAGUAUGUACCGGUCGUACAGAUAGACCAAGGAUGCCCUUGAUUGACAUUGCUGGAGACCAGUACGGAAAUUACCUCAUACAGUGGAUCCUUAUGAAUGCUGCGCCUCACCAACGGGAGCUGGUUGCAACUCAUAUUCGAAAGCACAUGGUUUCUUUACGUGGAUCUAAAUUCGGCUCCCGUGUGGCAAUGCUUUGCUGCAACCUAUCCCAUACCACUCGCCCAGGACCUGGGACGGGCGUACAAAUCGGUCGGUUCAACAACUUCAACGAUGAUCGAUUCCAGGCACCCAGCCAACAUGGAGGUCGCUUCAGCCGUGGAAGUCAGUGGAGCCCUAGCUACCCACCAUUUCGUUAG